AUGGCCUCAGAAUCUUCUCCGUCAUCGCAACGGUCGUCCCUAGAACGGUAUGAGGACGGCCAACCUCGUUUCCAAGGGUGUUCAAACAUACGCGAUUUCGAGUUUUUGGGAAAGCUAGGUGAAGGAACAUUUGGAGAGGUUUACAAGGCCCGAUCAAAGAGAGAUGGAAGUGUUGUCGCUUUGAAGAAGAUUCUCAUGCAUAAUCAAAAGGAUGGUUUUCCCAUCACCGCAUUACGAGAGAUCAAACUACUCAAGAUGCUCUCACACCCAAAUGUGUUACGCUUGCCUGAAAUGGCAGUGGAAAAGAGUAAAGGGGAAGGACGGAAGAAGCCCAGCAUGUACAUGGUCAUGUUCUAUCAGGAACACGACCUGUCAGGGCUCCUCGAGAAUCCGAACGUCCAUUUCACGGAGCCGCAAAUCAAGUGCUACAUGCUGCAAUUGCUAGAGGGAGUCCGCUAUCUGCAUGAUAGUGGAAUAUUGCACAGAGACAUGAAAGCCGCCAAUCUCCUUAUCAACAACAAAGGUAUCCUUCAGAUUGCUGAUUUCGGUCUGGCGCGACCCUACGACGAAAAACCUCCGCAGCCUGGAAAGGGCGGCGGCGAAGCGAAGAGAGACUACACACCUUUAGUAGUUACGAGAUGGUAUAGGCCUCCGGAGCUGCUUCUCCAACUACGGCGCUAUACAACAGCGAUUGAUAUGUGGGGUGUUGGGUGUGUCUUUGGUGAAAUGUUCAAAAGACGCCCCAUCCUUGCAGGAAAUAGUGACCUAAACCAAGCACAGCUAAUCUUUGCGCUUGUUGGUACCCCGACAGAGGAAACCAUGCCUGGUUAUACGUCACUUCCUGGGUGUGAUGGUAUCAAAGAUUUUGGAAAUAAGCCUGGCAAUCUGAACCAGGUAUUCAAGGAACAAGGGCCCUUGAUGAUAUCCCUCCUCAGUGAAUUCUUAAAACUCGACUGGAGAAAAAGAAUAACUGCUGUGGAUGCCCUGAAACACCCAUACUUUACCAGCCCUCCACUCCCUGCUCGUCCAGGCGAUCUACCUCAAUUCGAAGACUCACAUGAACUUGACCGUCGACAAUAUCGACAAAAGCCGAAACCUCCUGCCCCUCCUAAUGGUGCAGCAGGUGAGAGUGACUGGUCGACUGGAACAGGUGCUCGCGCCGCAGCCGGACAGAGUAGUCGAGUUCCUGCCGGUGUACAACGCGCUGGUCCUACUCCUCGCGGGGAUUUCCGUCGUGCUCCUGAUGACGGGCUCCCACCAAAACCCUCCCCAGUCUCACAACCAGGAUGGCCCAAUCGUAAAAACGACAACCGCGCCCCUGACCGCCGACACACCGGCCGGGGCGAAGGAGGACGACCCGAUACAAACGGCCAUCAUCAUCACUUGGACGGCGGCGCUGGUACAGGUCAUGGCGGCCCGGAGAAUAGCCGAUACGGUAACCGAAGUAAUCCCAAUCCCAGCAAUGCCCGACGACGAAGUCAAAGUCCGCCGAUGAGGGACAGGAGCCGUGAAGACAGUUAUCAUUUAUACCGUCGAUGA